AUGCCCCAGUGCUGCGUAUUUUGUGGUAAGGAGUUCCCUACAAGGGGUGGUGUCAAGAGACACAUAACUGGCCGCCCUGAAUGUAGAAGGGCAUGGGAGUUAACGAUCGAAGAAACUGAGGCCACCUAUGAUGAAGAUGGCCCACAAGUGGACUUUGCUUACGAUGAUGUUGGCAGCUCAUUUGGCCUGCCGCUUCGUCGCUCACGUUCCAAGUCCUCCGAUGCUGAUCAAGGCAACCCACCAGCGCUGAAAAGUCGGAGGGUGACCAUCGAGGAGGUUUCUGAUGAAGAUGCUGUGAGAACAAAUAGUGGGCGAUAUUUCAAGGAAUGCCCUGAUGGUGGACGGACUCUGCGGGAGGGAGAAACUGGUUUUGAGAGCUAUCGGAAGUAUAAAAAAAGCAUGGGUGAGGACGAGUGGGCACCUUUUUGCGAUGAGGAAGAAUGGGGACUCGCAGAGUGGCUCGUUAAAAGUCUGGGCCAGACCCGAACCAAUGAUUUUCUAAAGUUGCCGAUAACACGAAACCGAAUGCAACCAUCCUUCCACAACAACCGAUCGUUCCUCCAGAAGGUCGAUGAACUUCCGCAUGGAGCUGCCUGGAGCUGCAAGAAGAUCAGUGUCCGGGGAAACCAAACAGACGAGAAGGGUGAACCAUUGCAUGAAGAUGUCGAGCUUUGGAUGCGUGAUCCUGUGGAGUGCAUCAAAGACCUGAUCGGAAAUCCUCAAUUCAAGGAUCACAUGGUGUACGCACCUGCACAAGCAUACACAGACUCUGCGGGACUCAACCGAGUGAUUGGUGACAUGUGGACUGCAGAUUGGUGGGGGGAAAAGCAAUUCCGAGGUGACAAAUCUGCGUGGCCUAUAUACCUCUCAAUCGGCAACAUUGCCAAAGAAAAAAGGCGACAACUGUCAGCACGAGCAACAGUCCUGAUUGGGUACUUACCUGCAGAAAAACUCGAAUGCUUUACAUCAGAUACACGCUCCCUUGCUGGUUACCGGCUCUUCCACCAUUGUAUGUCCCUCCUGCUGCAACCGCUCAUUGCUGCAGGACAAAAUGGCAUUGAAAUGGUAUGCGCUGACUCGAUGAUCCGCCAAGUUUACCCGAUCCUUGCAGCAUAUGUGGCGGAUUUCCCUGAACAAUGCCUGGUGCAUGUUGCAAGGAGAACCGUUGCCCAAAAUGUCUGGUUGCGGCGGAUGAAAGAGACAUCUUCCUUGCCUUCACACCCGACCUCCUACACCAACUCCACAAGGGUCUUCAAAGAUCACUUGGUUAAAUGGUGCCUUGAUAUCGUUGGUCAAGCUGAAAUGGACGCACGCUUCAAAGCCAUACCGGAUUAUCCGGUCUUCGGCACUUCAAAAAGGAAUCUCGACGGUGAAACAAUGGACGGGUACAGAACACAAGCAGAUGCAGCGUGUUUUUGUAGGGUUGCUUGCUGGUGCAGUACCAAGCUUCGAAUACACACAGUUGACACCCUUGAUCAUCUGGAGAGCGCCCUUUCGGUAUUUCACGCCAACAAAGAAAUCCUGCGCGAACUCGAAGUUCGAGAUCAUUUCAAUAUUCCUAAAUUGCACCAACUCUCGCACUACGUCCAGUCCAUCUCAUUGUUCG